GCGCUUGCUUGCUUGCGUGCAUUUAUCCGAGCGAGCGCGUGAAGCACCGAGCGCAUAAAUUGUGCGCGCGAAAGAGGCAGAACGGCAGGCGCGAGCGAUGCGUUUCAACCGCUCUGUCAUCUCCUACAUACAAUCGGGAUUUCUUUUCCCCCUCCUUUUUCUUUCCCUUUUUAAACACAUUUCCAACACCACCGGAGCCGGUUCGGUUCGGUUUUUUUUUUUUGUUGUUGUUGUUUUUCCCUUUUUGAAGUUUUAGGUCUUGCUCGGAUCGGAAUGUAGCCGUCACGCGUAUGUCUCGGGGUUUUUUGUUUACACGACUUCGCGGAUGUGUGCACGACCGGAGAACCUCACGGUACCUCAGAGAACCUUACAGAACCUUACAAGACGUGACUGAUACGAAACAGCACGACACACAUACACACACCACACAGCGCGCACACGCGCGAAACCUGCUGCAGCACGCGGACCUUUUAUUCUAUGAUCAUUUUCAUUAUUUUAUUUUAAACCCAGAGAGAGAGAGAGAGAGAGAGAGAGAGAGAGAGAGAGAGAAGAUUAAGGAGAAGAAAAAGAGAACCCUGCUGGAUCCGAGAGCGGAGCGUCCUGAGCCGGACUCCUCCUCAUUCCUCAGGACCAUGGUGUUAGACAAGGAAGAGGAGACCGUGGUGCUGGUGCUGGAGAGGAGGCUGCUGGAUGAUCAGUGUUUUCUACAGCGUGUGGUGUGACAGGUUCACUCUCUCGUCUCUCUAAAAAGGAGAAGAACACAGAGUGCCGAUGCUCUCCGUCCAGCCCAAAGGCAAACAGAAGGGCUGCGCUGGCUGCAACCGCAAGAUUAAAGACCGCUACCUGCUCAAGGCGCUGGACAAAUACUGGCACGAAGACUGCCUGAAGUGCGCAUGCUGCGACUGCCGCCUGGGUGAGGUCGGCUCCACCCUCUACACCAAAGCCAAUCUCAUCCUCUGUCGCAGGGACUACCUGAGGCUCUUUGGGACGACAGGGAACUGUGCAGCCUGCAGUAAACUCAUCCCUGCCUUUGAAAUGGUGAUGAGGGCCAGAGAUAACGUUUACCAUUUGGACUGUUUCGCCUGUCAGCUUUGUAACCAGAGGUUCUGCGUAGGCGACAAGUUUUUCCUAAAGAACAACAUGAUCCUGUGUCAGAUGGACUAUGAGGAGGGCCAGCUCAACGGGAGCUUCGAGACGCAGGUCCAAUAACACAACCUGAUGGAGGCAGCAGCACACACACACAGACACACACACACACACACACGGGGAGAAGCGUCUGUCUGCUUGCCUGCAAUACCUUUUUACAGUGAAAGAAGCCCUCAUGGUCCUUUAGGACUCUGGUGUAAAUGUUCUCCUCUUUGGCCUUUUCCCAACUCUGAGCAGUUCUAAGUCCUGGUGUAGAGCCGUGUGACUGCGUGUGUCUGUGUGCGUCUGCGUGUGACUGUGUGCGUCUGCGUGUCUGCAUGUGAAUGCAGUGUGUCUGCGUGUAACUGUGUGUGUCUGCGUGUGUCUGAGUGUGACUGCAGUGUGUCUGCGUGUGACUGCAGUAUAUCUGCGUGUGACUGCAGUGUCUGCGUGCAUCUGCGUGUGACUGCAGUGUGUCUGCGUGUGACUGCAGUGUGUCUGCGUGUAUCUGCAGUGUGUCUGUGUGUGACUGCAGUGUUCCUGAGUGUGACUGCAGUGUGUCUGCGUGUGACUGCAGUGUGUCUGCGUGUAUCUGCAGUGUGACUCCAGUGUGACUGCAGUGUGUCUGCGUGUGACUGCAGUGUGUCUGCGUGUAUCUGCAGUGUGACUGCAGUGUGUCUGCGUGUGACUGCAGUGUGUCUGCGUGUGACUGCAGUGUGUCUGCGUGUAUCUGCAGUCUAUGUGUGUCUGUUUGUGACUGCAGUGUGUCUGUGUGUGACUGCGUGUGACUGCAGUGUGUCUGCGUGUGUCUGAGUGUGACUGCAGUGUGUCUGCGUGUGACUGCAGUAUAUCUGCGUGUGACUGCAGUGUCUGCGUGCAUCUGCGUGUGACUGCAGUGUGUCUGCGUGUGACUGCAGUGUGUCUGCGUGUGACUGCAGCGUGUCUGCGUGUGACUGCAGCGUGUCUGCGUGUAUCUGCAGUGUGACUGCAGUGUGACUGCAGUGUGUCUGCGUGUGACUGCAGUGUGUCUGCAGUGUGACUGCGUGUGACUGCAGUGUGUCUGCAUGUGACUGCAGUGUCUGCGUGUGACCGCAGUGUGACUGCAGUGUGUCUGCGUGUGACUGCAGUGUGACUGCAGUGUGUCUGUGUGUGACUGCAGUGUGUCUGCGUGUGACUGCAGUGUUCCUACGUGUGACUGCAGUGUGUCUGCGUGUGACUGCAGUGUGUCUGCGUGUGACUGCAGUGUGUCUGCGUGUGACUGCAAUGUGACUGUGUGUGACUGCAAUGUGACUGCAAUGUGACUGCGUGUGACUGCAUGUGUCUGCGUGUGACUGCAGUGUGUCUGCGUGUGACUGCAAUGUGACUGCGUGUGUCUGCGUGUGACUGCAGUGUGUCUGCAUGUGACUGCAGUGUGUCUGCGUGUGACUGCGUGUGACUGCAAUGUGACUGCAAUGUGACUGCAGUGUGUCUGCAUGUGACUGCAGUGUGUCUGCGUGUGACUGCAAUGUGACUGCAUGUGUCUGCGUGUGACUGCAGUGUGUCUGCGUGUGACUGCAGUGUGACUGCGUGUGACUGCAAUGUGACUGCAUGUGUCUGCGUGUGACUGCAGUGUGACUGCGUGUGACUGCAAUGUGACUGCGUGUGACUGCAGUGUGUCUGCAUGUGACUGCAGUGUGUCUGCGUGUGACUGCAAUGUGACUGCGUGUGACUGCAAUGUGACUGCGUGUGACUGCAGUGUGUCUGUGUGUGACUGCAGUGUGUCUGCGUGUGACUGCAGUGUGACUGCAAUGUGACUGCGUGUGACUGCAAUGUGACUGCGUGUGACUGCAGUGUGUCUGUGUGUGACUGCAGUGUGUCUGCGUGUGACUGCAGUGUGUCUGCGUGUGACUGCAGUGUGUCUGCGUGUGACUGCAAUGUGACUGCGUGUGACUGCAUGUGUCUGCGUGUCGCUCAGCACUCUAUCGCCUCUAUGGGUUCAUGUGAUGUUUUUUCCUUUACUCCUCGCUCCUGGCGGUCAGCAGGACGGAGGGUGAUGUACAGUCUGUUUUUUUCUGUAUAUAUAUAAACUGGAACAUUUAUUUUAUGAAAUUGUAAUGCAAUUUUAUUACUAGUGUGAAUUAAAGAAGAAAACACGA